AUGUUCACUGUCAGUAGUCGAGAGGAGAGACAUCCCAAAGAACUUUUAUCAACAGUCUCGCCUAUACUUAUCGAUCCGGACACACUUGAGACCAACAUUAGUACAAAGAUAACUGUUCCCAAAGACAUUUCUCCUACAAUUUCAAAUGCAAAGAUAGUGUCGAUAAGUUAUUAUGUGGAGAUCAUUGUUGAUCUGACGGCAAAGACGACUAUCUACGAAACAUCUAGCCGAUCAAAGAAAAGAUUAGGUAAAUCGCACGGCCGAUUCGAAGUACCAAUUGUUGUAGGCACAAUCGAUAGUAACUUAACAUCUCCGAGGAGAACGUCCGUUCGUCGUUCGUCUAUUCAAUUACCAAUCCGAGGACGUCUACAACAAAACAACGUACUUCCUAACGAAUGGGCGUCCAAUUCGGCCGUUUCGCUGAAUGAUCCGCUACUAGCGCUUCCUCCAUCACCGCCAUAUCGACAUUCGAGAGCUAUAUCAUGGACAGGAUCAGUCUCACCUGUGCCGUCCGCCCCAUCAGUCGAGGAGUUGGGUUAUUAUGAAGAUUUUGAAGUAAAAUUUAAUCCAAAGAACCAGGCGGAAGUGACUGGAGUUGCUUUUGAUGAUUGCUAUAGCGAGUCAGAUGGGAAACCAUCGAGAAUAGAUACGUUCUCAACGAUACGAAAGGCGCGUUUUAGUCAAUAG